CGUCUCUGCAGCAUUCACCGCAAUGUCCAGCGAAGCAACCAUUCGUGCCUACAGGCACCUGUAUCGCCAUGGCUUGAGGGCUGUCCAGUUCUCGAAGCCUGCGCGCUACACGCUUCGUGACCGCCUCCGUCUAGCUUUUCGCAAAGGCUCUGCUGUCGAUUUCGAUGCUCUGAAAAUUCAGACAACACUCGAAUUUCUACGAUAUGCAGCAAGAGAGAACGGGCUGGAACACAAAAUCCUCAAAAAUCUAUUAUUCGUCUGGUGGGCACAGGAGAAGGGAGGCCGGUCAAAGCCCAAAGCGAGGACACUGACUCGCGAAGAGCUUGAAAUAAAGACUACCGCUUUCGACACCUUCAACCAUACCAUUCGCAUGUUGAACGAAAGCAUGGGCAUGUGUCUCCCCUCCGUGACUGUCCGCGAUCCCAAUUGAAGUACCAUGUCGUACUAGAACCAUCACCAAACGCCUUUCGCUAUGAGACUCAUUGCUCCUGUGGUGGCAUUUGAGACUGUAAACGGCACCCUGGUACGCUUGAUGGCCAGACUUGCAGAAAACAUAAGGAUCCGGACUACAUGAAGUCGUCAAGGAAGUCCUCAUCCCGGUCUUGGUUGCUAGACUCGGCGAGGUUGUCUUCCGUGAAGAUAUCAUCGUAGACGUGGUCUCGCUUCCAGGCC